AUGGCCGACCCAUACGAGAGCCUUGCCACCGAAAAGCGACUUACGCCGGAGGAGCUGGACAGGCAGGUUGAGCGCCUCACGGCGCCAAGGCGUGCGGUGGAGCUACGUGAUCCGUUCGAAGUGUGUCCGACGAAGAGAAUCUCGGCGGAGGCGCUGUCGAAGAUGACGGACCGUCUAUAUACCCAAAGCCUCCAGCACAAGCAAGAGCUUCUUGCGGCGGCAGAGCAAGUCGCUUACGGUGUGCACACGCGCGGCACGGCACUCAGCGGCUCACCACUUACCCCAGAUGACCAGGAGCAAUCAGUGAAACGAAUGUUCCAUGAUACGCUAGAGCGGAAGCGGAGGAACAUGGAGCAACUUCGGCGUCAAUACCGGUAUCACAGCCCCGCCGACAAAACAAAGGUCCCGCUCAAAACGUUCGUGCAGCACAUGUACUACGACCGCCUCGAAGCCAAAAAGAAGACGGAGAAGUACCUGUACGACACCUACCUGGCACCAACAGCGAUUCACACCGGCACCAUUUCGCGCGUGCAGGCUGAUGAGGCAUCGAAUCGCCUUUGCACCACAAAAUAA